AUGAAUAUCACAGAGUGUUUUCAAAUGAGAAAAAGGCGAUCAACUGAUAAAACGCAAGGGCGUGGAAAUGAGUCAGGUAAAUUAUUGAUUAAGCACCAGUGACGGUAGCUGCGCUGAACCGCAAACGAUAAGAUUGUAUUUAUCCUAUAAACUGAAGACUAUUUAAAUUAUAUAAAAUAAAUUAACUAUAAAAUUUAAGUGCCUCAUUACAAUGCAACUUUUUGGAAGUUUCGUUGACGUCAAACUAAUGAAAAUAGCGCGUCCUCAUUCCGAAAAUAUGAAACGCGAGCCACAUCGCAUCAAAAGUAAGCUUAAGUGUGGAUUUUUAUCCACAUCAUUCCUGUGGAAAGGCAAUAGUACGAUUAGUUAGCUAUGAGAACAAGAAUAAUGUUAUUGAAGCCUAAAAUGUCAUUAUUUCCGUCACUCUAAAAGAAUAGUGAAAUUCUACACCCUGUUUAAGACUCAAGACCUUGAAAACCAUACCCUGUUCAGCGGCACAUACCCGUAUAGGCCAAAUAAGGGAGUGCUCCCCCCCCCGCCGCCGAGCCCGGUUCGUCGCACUGCUAAAAAGUGUUAGGAUCUUGUGUAUUAAAUUUUGCACCCCUCGGUUGAGUGUUGGUCAAUACUAUCAGGCGAUAUUUCGACAACACUUGGUCAAUAUGGCGAAAAAAUCUAAAUUUCUGUCCUAAGGGUUGAAAACAGUAGGAUUUAUACAUCUUGAGCUCUAUUUAUUUAUUGGUGAUUCAAUCAUUGGCAGGCAGAUAGGCUGCUAGCAAGCUCUCUGGGGGGCUUUGGGUGGGGAAUGGGAGAAAACAAGAGCUUGUAGUCUUGUCUCAGGAAUUUGAAUUCCUGUGUCAUUGCAGUGGCCUCUUUGUAGCAGACAGAAAUAGGGCUUGGUCCAGUUAAAUCCCUCUUCUGCUUUUAAGAUCCCCAUGAAAAGGCAUGCAACAUAAUAAGGCAGGCAGACAAAACCAUGGCACAAAACAACAUUUAUUCAGGUAGCAAUACAGAUGUGGUAAUCUACCGUUUAAACUAAAUUGCAGUUUCACCAACAGUUAGAGGCUACUUUCAUGUUCUUUCAAGUGGAGUUUCUGAAAAUUAGAGUUAACUGUCGGGUGUGGGAGGAUCUGCUUUAUAAUUUAGAUUAAUCCAGGUCUGUUGUUAAUGCAGGGCUGUCACUAGGAUUUCAAGUUGUGAGGUUAAUACAACAAGUAGGUUGGGAGUCAGGCAGCUAGGGAUAUCUUCAAAUUCUUGUUUUCUUCUGUUUUCUUAUGAAAUUAACGGGGGGUCAUUUUCAUAGUAGUCCGGGGAAAUCCCUGGCCCUUAAAUGACUGUCCUGCAUACUGAACACAAGGUAUCUGUGCUCUUUUUGCAUAUUCAAAAGUGCAUGUGAAGCUAUUUUUUUACAGAGUCGUCUGCAAGCUGCACCUGUAGUUGUCUUGAUGCCCUGCUUAUUAUUUUUUGUACAAAAUUUAUUCAAUUUAUUCAACACCAGAUGACAUAAUGUAAGUGCCUUUGAGUCUACAUUUACAGGUGUAUGGGGCCAUCUAGUUGCAGCUGCAAUCUAGCCAUAUGUAGUGGUUGAUACAAGUUCCAGUUAUCAUUUUGUUUUGCAGGGUUUCCUCCUAGAACUCCAGUCAGGAAACUACAACAUUUUCCUCAUGGUUUCCCUGCCGCAAGCAGCUUUAACAACUCUUUCUCUGAUCAAUCUCUAGAGAUAGUGUGGGACAACAACUCUCCUUCACCUGCAAGAACUUUGUCUUUAGGUAGAUAACUACUUCUCUGCUUUUGGAACUGAGUUUAAAAUACACAAUAGUCAACCAGUUACUUAAAGUAUUACCAGUAUAAUUAACCUUUUCCAUAUGCAAUUAGGGCUCUCUGAAUUGGUUAGGCAAGAAGUUCAAGUAAUAUAAUAAUAUAUCAAGCGUGACCUGCAGUGUUUCAUCACCAGAUGAAACACCAAGAAGAGAGUCAGAAGAGAGUUGAAAAUACAACACACAGAGGAGUAUUUUUGACAAACUUCGAGGUGUUUCAUCUGGUGAUGGAACACUGUGUCAAAUGCUUGAUAUUACUUCUCCAACAAAAUGAUUUUAGAAGGAGAAAUUAGGGAUGCAAAAAUGAGCAGUUUUUCAUCUGAUUUCCAAACACUCAUUAAACGUUAAUUUCCUUUGUAUUUUCUAAAUGAAUUAUUAAUGAGAUUGAGAAGUUUAUUUCAACAUUGAAAUGAAAAAUUUAUAAACUGCACUGAUUGAUUUUAUGAUAUUUCUGAGAAAUAGCCAGAAAGACUUGGCCUAAAACAGAUCAGCUGGCUUUUUAAUUAACUACAGCUUCAAAGUAUGUAACUUGUCAAGGCAUGAUCUCAAGGUGACCGGGCUGUAAAGAAUAAUAGUUUUGUCAGUUCUGGCUGCGGUUGUUCAUGCAAAAGGUGGAUAAUACUAUCUAUAAAUUUUCAUCCAGUGGAUAAUGCUAUAUAUGUUUCGCUAGUACAGGGCUGUGCUCUAGCAGAGCCCUGUGACCCCUGGCACAUAACUUUUGCCCAGGGGCAACUAGAAAAUAUCAGAUUUUUCAUACAAAUCUUAUGCUGGGCACCCUAGAUUUUACAGUUUCAGAGUACUGGGCUCCCUUCAAUUUUCCUCAGAACACAGCCUUGCUAAUACUUAUCUGCUUGAUAGCUUAAUGGUAAUUUAUCUGGUAGAUAUCCAACAUUUGAACAACCGUGGCCUGAAGUUCACAUUAUUUUGCAAAGGAACAUAGUGAGACUUGUAAUGGGCUGGUUGCAGCUGCUAUUUUUUACAUUGUUUCAAUCAGGUAAAAGGAAAAAACAUCAUGGAAGUGACAGCAGCAGCAGUGGUGGUGAAAUUUCAGAUCUAGUACAGAAGCUGGCAGAUAAGGUAGGUGCCUCCAGACACCUUGCGAUACGUGGUGAUGAAACAAAUAGACCUUAUUCAUGAUACCCGCCAUCUCUACAUGCACAUCAGGAGUGAUAUGAUAAAAGCAAUGUCACAUCCAGGUAUUUCAGGACGCAAAAUAAAAUUUAGCAAUACAAGUAAUUGCAGUCAAGUUCAUUAUAUUCUCUCAAAUAAAGACCAUGAUUUUAGUUUGGAAAAUGUACAAAAUAAUUGAGUUUUUGCGUACUGUCAGUGAUGACAUCUACAUUCACUUGGCCAUUGUGGAGGUUCAACUGUAUACCCUACUGACCCCAGUAGAUAACACUAUCCACUGGUUAACAAAUAGAUUCCAUGCUGCCACGCAUCUGUUUAGUAAACAGAUGACAUCAAAUUGUGGUAAAAACAAAGAAGUGGCACACGAGCCGUAGAUGAGUGUGUCACUGAUGUUUUUACCACAUUUUGACGUCUUUUGUGAUCUGUUACCGACCAGACCCAUGGCAACAUGGAAUCUAUUUGUUUUAUACAAUGAAAAGUGAAGAAAAAACAACGUACACAUACAGUCUUUUCUUGUACCACUUGACUGUUUGACGAUUUGUGCUAGUUAAGCCAUUUUUAAAUCCCAAACGCUACUUUUUGUCUCUGCUUCUUCUUUUCCUCUUUAGCUUUACUUGUAUACAGUUUCUCUGAAAAGUUUUCCACCGCCUUCACUUGCUCAAAGCAGAAUAAUCACAAAAGCAUUCUCAACACUGUGAGUCUCUCGUAGCGAUGACACACGAUGGCAACUGUUGUGAUAAUUUCUUGCAGUUAAGGUAUUCUCAAGUUGACAAGAACUCAUUUUGUUUCCGUUUCUCCCUUUUUCUUCUUUGGAAAUAGCUCGUGCUAAACGUUUUUCAAGGCUUUCACUACUCCGAAAUAAUCUCGCAAACAUUUUCAAAACUGUGCACCACGUUGAGCAAAACAAAGAAAACAAGUUAGCGCAAUCAGCUUCCCUCUUACUGAUCUGUUCGAUGAGAUUUAUCCGGUAGAUAGCACGAUCACACUUUUGAACAACCACAGCCAGAAGGAUUUUUAAUAGCAAAUUGCUGUCAUUUAAGAAUUUUCCAUAUUUUAUUAAACAUCUAUCUUAUUUGUUUUCAGUCUGGUCAUACCCCAGAGACCAAUCCACCACUACUUGCAUUUUGGAUGUCUAGAGAUAACACUACAACUUUACCAAAAAGUAGCAAUGAUACAACUGUUAAGGAAGAGAAUGUCACAAAACAGAAGAGCACAAAGGAGUUUCAAACACCAUCCAGAAGACCAAGGUUUGUCAAUAAUAAUACUCUCUUAAACCAUAAAGGAGAUGAGUUGCAGCGACAAGCCUGCAAAUAACAGCCAGUCAUCAGUCAAAUGACGGACAAAUUUUGGAUUUUUACGGGCUAAAGUUUGGCCUGGUCUGUCACUCUCUCUUCCUUUUUUCCUUUUUUUGACCUACCAGACUGGUGUGUUGACCCGCAAAACCUGGUCCUUGUCUGGUCAAAUGACCACCCUACAGCCCAAAGUUAUUUGCAGGCUUGAGCAACGUGAAGCAGUGUUAAAAAUGAAUAGUUCACUCAUAGGAACAUGUAACAGAGACUUUUUGCAGUGACAAAACCACUACUACAAACAAACACACCGAAAGAUGUAAUUUCAUGUGUGGACAUUGUAUUGGUCAUCUUGUAACAUUUUGUAUCUGCCCCUCCUGCUACCCACAACUUCUCCUAAGAAUUUGCUCCAAGAAGUUAAACAAUUAAUCGCAAUUUUAAAUUAAAGCAUGUUGCUUGGACAAAACUCCGCCAUUUCCUGUAGUUGCACAGAGUAGGAGAAAACCAACAGUAUAACUACACAUAAGACAUACCGAGUAUCCAAGCAACACAAGUCCCCAAGUCUAUUAUUAUUAUAAUAAUAUUAUCAUCAUGGAUAUGAAUUUGCUCUUUUACAGAAGAGUUGUUAGAAAAUGCAAUAAGUCAAAGAUGAAACUGCUGAAGCAAGACAUUGAAUUACUUAUUCAUCCUGUGGAAAAGACAGGUAUGGACUGAAGAACCCCGAGAUCUGACAUUUUCUUCUGUUGUCAAUGAAUCAUGUGUCUACUAAUCUAAAGAACUCUUGAGCACUGCCGCUGGCCCCCACAUUGUUCAAACGUUGGAUACCACUAUCCAUGGAAUAAAUCACUUUCCAGCGGAUAGGUAGUAUCAGAUGGAAACCAAUUGCAUUAUCAAUAGCAUUAUCCACCUUUAAAAAACUGGGGCAGCUCAAGUUAAUCAGGACAUUUUUGUAGUUACACUAUUGAUGUACACUAAAUUGGCCAAUCAAGUUUAGAGUGUUUAGCUAAGAGAUAAUUAAUUACAGUUUAAGAUCUCAUAAGUAGACAUCCCAUGGGACUAAGUAAGUAUUCUUUUCAGCAUACAAGAGGUGACAACUUGCAGGAAAAAGGAGAUAGGAACUGGCAGAAAGAUUUCAUUCCUCUAAUUGCUGAUAAAUUAUAUGUAACAAAAAUUUCGCGCAGUUUUUUGUUAUAUAAUUGGUACAAUUUGUUUUGUUUUAGAAGGAUUUUUCUGUAAAUCGUUUACAGUCUUGUUAUCUCAGUUGUGUGUGGUUUUAACAACAAUGUUUACCAUGCUGUUGUCAGUUUUUGUAAGGAUGUACAAUUACAACUGUUGUCCCAUUGUUGACAAACAUGAAUGUUUUUUUUCUGCAGAAGAGGAAUCGUCAGUUUUAGACAAAGGAACCAUUCAGGAGUCAAGGUAAUGGAAAUCACUUCCUUGGCAAUAUUAAAGGCAUCUUUUAGAAGAAACCCAGGUGACUUCUGAACACCUGCCAGACACUUUUGGCAAAUAAACAUAAGGCUAGUCGACCUGGGGCUGAAACCAUUUAAAUAAAAACUAAACCUAAAUAAUAAGGGGGUCCUGAUAGUUUUGUUAUAUUACUGGCUAUUAAUUAAACUCAAUCUACAUAAACCAGCUUUCCAGGCUUUGCAGAAGUUGCACAAAAUGCACUCGAGGGGCCCAUUUCUCGAAAUUCCCAGUAACAAUGCUGGGCCAGGGAAGCUGCCAUGAUUCAAGAUCCAGGUUUCAAUAGUUUUGCAGUUAAUAUGAUACUGUAAUACUGUUAGUCAACAUGACAAUGUGGACAGGUUUGUUCGCUAAAUGUGGGGUACUUUUCUUUUUUAAAUUUUGAUUUUAAUGUAAAUUGGGGUUCCCAAGCUGAUAAAUUACCAGUGACGACUUUUGAGAGCUCUCCAAUCACGGACAUGAACACGUACACCGAAACGUUUUUGAAACUUACACUGAAUUAGAAUUACUUUGCACUUCAAAUAACUUGGUGUGUUGUUGAUUCAUUUUUAGUGACAAACAACAAAACUUAAAUCAAGAGGCAGAUGUGUUAAACCACCCUGAAAUUGAAGCAAAGUGUAUUUCUGGCAACCCUGCUAACAGUUGUUUGUCAAUUGGUGGGGGUGAUUUCUUUGAUGCGUGGGAUACAGAUGAAGAUGAUAUCUUACUUAGCCAGAUGGAAAUUCCAUCCUUUAACAAGAAAAUUCCAGAGACUCAAAUUAUGACCAAUACCCAGUUCCUUGACAGCGGAAAAGAUGGCCAAAAGACACUGUUGAACGAGAACCAUUCAGCAUCACAUGCAAGCUCAAAUGAAAGCAUAGUUACAGAAAGUUGGGAUUUCAUCGAUACAUUUGAUGAUAGUGAUGAUGAAAACAUUCUACAGAGUGCACUAGAGGAUUUCGAAAAGUCACAACAAGUGUCUAUUCCAAAUGUGCGUAGGCUGUCAAAUUUGCAUGUGAAGCCAAGUUUGGUUCAUAAAGAUACUUGCAAAAUUAAUGAUUUCAAUGAACUAAGACAAACAGCUCCUGUUGCUAAAGGAUCAAAGGAAAAUUUGCCUGCAUUUCAAAAGAAUUUAGUUUCAGAUCAAAAUUUCUCACAAAAGCGGACCUUCACUUUUAUACCACGUUCUUCGAUACAGGGAACUGUUUCUGCAAGAUCAGAGCAGCUGAUAAACAGCUUUAACAGUCUUACAUCAUCAAAUGACAACUUCAAAGCUGUAAAAGCAGAGACGGAUUCUCACAAAAUCAAUGAGAAAAAUUUAGCAGAAGGAAAUGCUAGCAGACAGAAGGACAGUCAUGGGCAGAUGAACAUACAAAGUAAGUAUUAAUUUCUUUUAUAGUAUAUUAGUGAACAGUGAUUCUUGUUUGAAGAUGUAUAAAGUGGUCAUCAUUUCAUAGUAUUCUUGUUUCCUGUAAAGUAGAGACUCUUGCACAGGAAAAACAAUCGUAGAUGUAGUUUGGCCUCUCAUGUCAAAAAUAUGAGCACUGUCUAAAUGAUUUCUGUACUGUACUUUUCAAAACAGGAAUCCUUAAACCUUUCAAUGAGCUGUUUGUCAUCUGAACUGCUUGCAACAAAUGCCAACAAUGAAUGGCCAUCAAACUUUUAAAUGGCUUGUAAAGGUACAAAAUGUUCAUGGAGAAAAAAUGUUGAGAAGAGUGGAUGCAAAUUUGUUUUUUUUUUUUUUACAGGCUACGACAAGGUCGAUGAAAUUUUUGUUCAUGAAACUCUCUUAAAUCAAUGAAAUGCUCAGUAAAAUAUUAAUUUGAAAACAGUUUGUUACUGAACAACGCAUGGAUACAAUUACAUGUCGGUGUGCAAAGAAAGGUGUGUCCGAUGGGUCAGUUUGCAAUCAGCCUGUGUUCUUAACUUGCACAAUGGUCAAGUGAAAUUUUUUGAGUUAUUCAAAUUACAGAAGAACUGUCGUCAAUCCUGCCAACCCAGAAUGUUUUCAGGCUAGUACGUGCUAAUACAUUGUGAGGAAAAAACAAAUUGAAUUGAAUCUGAAAUUAAACAGAAGACUUUUGAACAGGAUUAAGUGUCCUUUCCAAUGGCACAGUUACAAUUUAGAUCUUAAGUGCUAAAUUCAGUUUGUUAAACUAUGGUAAAAACGAAGUUUCAAUGCCAGAAUUUUAUACUAGAGACGGAUAAAUCGUCUAGAAAUAAAUCGGGUGUUCAGAUGAAUUUUGGCCUCAAAUUCGUCUUCACUUGAUUCAUCUGUAGCAAGUCUUUAAUACAGACGUGCUGACAGACGAGGCCAAUUGGGGCCAAGAUUCGUCUAAACACCUCAUUUAUAUCUAGAUGAUUUAUCCGUCUCAGACAGAUGAUUCGUCUCUAGUAUAAAUUCGGCCAACAACUCAGCAUUGAAUUCAGAGCUGUUUGAAAGGAAAAAAAUGUAACCUUAUCUUGAAAACAAAAGAAAUAAACAUAAUUGAAUAUUAAUUAAUUUUAGCGUUGCGUCAAAAAGCGAGAUUUUGAAAGCUUCUCAUACAUGAGAUUUCUCCUUUCUUGUCUUUUUCCAUCUCAGGUGGCGCUGUAACUACUAAACCAACAAGAUACUCAAAAGAAGAAAUUGAGAAAAAAAAGCGUGAAGCACAGAAUCGACGUAGACAGAAAUUGGCUCUAAGCCAACAAAAACAUCACAGAUAGAAAGUAUAUAACUGUUAUCAGGGAGAACUGUUUUUUUUUCUCUUAAAUGUAACGUUAUACUAGUAGGUACUGUUUUGUAGUAAUGGUAUGUAAAUACAAUCAGUUUAACAAGAACUUUCAUACUGCAGGGCUUUAAAAAAAAGCUCGAAUUUUUACUUGCCCUUUAGACAAGCAGCCCUUAAUUCUGCAGCACCAAGAAACGUCCCUUACUCGCCUUUUGGGCGAGGGUCCAAGGCAAUCUGUAGUAACUAAAAAGUAAACUAAAGAGGCAUGCAACUGCACUACUAGCCAAGCAAAAAUUAAAGGGAAGUUUUUUAGGUGUUG